AUGGUCGCGCAGAAUGAACGCCAGAAUAAACUGAGCAACCAAGCAUCCCACUCUACCUCUACUAUCAAGCGCGAGCGCGCUAGACCUAACAGCUCGACCUUAGGCGCCGCUCCCAACGAUUCCGACGAGGGCCCGCUAAUAAUAAAGGGCAUACGUCCCUCGAAUCUAAAGUCGAUCAUUAAGGUGCCUCGGCCUAGUGCCCAGCCUAUUGAAACCAGGCACGUAGACAUCCAGGCAGCCUCAUCGCCCCGAACCAAUCGUCGCAAUAUGCUUGCUACGGAGCUCACAGAGUCCUUGCGCCGCCACCUUCUCUGGGAGCGCCAGCAAAAAACUUCGACUGCAAACGCUGUCCUUAAGCGUCGCCAUACCUCCCACGAUGUCGCCAACCUCAAGCAGUUCCCUGAGAAGCCUUGCUUGAAGAAGAGCGAGGACGCCAACGCCAUCAGCUGGAACCAAUACUUCAACAAGGACGCCUUUGACGGCUACCAUUCCAGAGGCUGGUAA